AUGUAUGAUGCAACAACAGACAAGUUAAUUUAUUAUAUAAAGGAGAAUGUAAAAUGGUCACUUCAUAGAGCAUAUGAAAUAUUUGAUGAUCAAAAGCAAUUGGUUUGUACUGUAAAAUCAACAUCUCUUUUAAAGGCAAAGUUCGAUAUUGAAAUGAAUGGUUUGGAUUCCAACGGCGAAGCUGAAAAGUACGAAGUUAAAGGAAAUUUCAGUGCAUUACAUUUUGAAUUGUUAAAUGACAAACUUCAAAUAGGUAAAGUUGAAAAAAAAAUAGUCUGGUGGGGGGAGGCUUAUAUUUUAGAUAUCCAUGAUUCUUUUAAUCCUGCUUUGUUUACUGCAAUGGUGGUCAUUAUCGAUUCUUUUAUUGGCGGUAAUAAAAAUAGUGGAUUUGGUAAUGGAAUAUAA